UAGGAAAUACAGAAAAGUUAUAUGAUUAAAAAAAAUCAUGUUCAAGCGUAUCCAAUUGGUUUUCAAUUCUCCAGUGAUCCAAAUAGAUUUGCGGCGACCUCUGCUGGACGAUUUGAAGAAGUACCUUGAAGUGUGUGUUAUGGUGGCUGGGUGUGUGCGCGCUCCAAAUACUGUUUGUUUUCUUUUUAAAGGACUUCGAGCAUUGAAAUUAAUCCCGUUGCGAGUGCAAAUUGAAGCGUGAAUCGAAUACGAAACGAAUCAGAAGCAAAAAGAAGAAGGUAACCACCAUCAGCAAUGGCGUCUCGCAAAACCUACUUCGAUUCCAAUUCCACCGAUUCUGAGGAUUCUUCGGAUUGCUCGAAGAGAUUUUCCCGCGUGCGGAGGAAAACGCGCGAACCGAAAGUGUUCACGGAUAAUGCGAUCAAGGCGAGGGAGGUGAGACUGAGGAAGAAAAUGUACAUGGAAAAUCUAGAGAGAGAAUUGGCCAAGGAGAAGGCCAAGGUUAAGAAGCUCGAGUCGAUGUUGGAGACGCAAACGCAGGUCAUCUGCAAGCAUGAAAAAGAUGUUAAAUACUUGAGGAACGUUCUAGCAAACAGCACGGAAAUCGGGAAACUGCUGCAGUCCAUCAAUUUAAACACAUGUAUGAACGUGGGCAAUUCCAUCAAUAGGCAUUUAACCAGUGCACCCAUCAAUCACUGGCUACCAGACUUCAAUGAGCCCUUGUUCAGUGAUUUGGAUAUGAGCGAGGAGAACCAAAUCGAUGAUCAUUCAUACAGUUUACCAAUGCUGGAUGUUUAUGACGACAAAGAGGAAGCGCCAGGCGUGUGCCUGCACAUCUCAAGGAACCGCGUGGAUCUGGAAUUCUGCUCCACGUGCAACGACAACUCGUGAAUUACUUUAAAAGCAAAAAUGUCAGUUAACUAUUUAAAGCACUUUCCUUACGCAUUAUUAACAUUGUUAUUCCUCAUCGGAAGAAGUUAGUUAUAUAAGUUGUUAAUUUUGCAGGUGUACAACCUCGAAGCGGUAGCGGCUCACGAUUGAGCGCACUUGAGAGAGAGAGAGAGAGAUUUAUUAUAGCAAAAGUCCAGAGCGUCUGCUGGCGGCUGAGUUAUUAA